CAGUGGUUUGUGAGCUUAGCAGCGUCCCCGGCUACUGGACCCUUUGAUACCCCACCCCGCUCCUGCCGCGAGAGCCGCCUAUGGAAACUUGCUGGGCAGAGAGGAGGCGGCGGGAGCGGGACCCCGCUGGGCUGUGACCGGCUUUCCGAGUUGCGGGAAAGGCUGGCGUUCGCGGUCUGCGCUGCGCGAGGUGCGCUCGCUCUGCAGCUGGUGGCUGCCUGCCAGGUGCGGGGAAUAGAACUCCUCGGGAAAAGCUCGUGUCCGCAUUUCAGAGACUGCUAGGCCGGUGAGUGUCCCUGCAGCGCCCUCUACUGAGAAAGUUUAGCAUUGGGUCAUUUUAAAUGCCCUGGGAACUCGAUGGUUGCAAGGGAGCAUAUAUAGACGCUGAAUAAACUGGUAACUGACCGUUACAUUGGUCCGCCAUUAUACCUGCCCAUGAGACUGAGACCAUUAUAAUGUCCCUAUGUGGCUCUUCUCACAAGGAGUUUUCUCAGAUGUUACCUAUUCAAGACAUGGAUAUCAAAAACUCACCGUCUAGCCUUAACUCCCCUGCCUCCUACAAUUGCAGUCAAUCCAUCCUUCCCCUGGAGCACGGCCCCAUAUACAUACCUUCCUCCUAUGUAGAGAGCCGCCAUGAAUACUCGGCCAUGACAUUCUACAGCCCGGCUGUGAUGAAUUACAGUAUUCCCAGCAGUGUCAGUAACUCGGAGGGCGGACCUGGUCGACAGACCACAAGCCCAAACAUGUUGUGGCCAACUCCUGGACACCUCUCUCCUUUAGCCAUCCAUUGCCAGUCUUCAGUUCUGUAUGCAGAACCUCAAAAGAGUCCUUGGUGUGAAGCAAGAUCACUAGAACACACCUUACCUGUAAACAGAGAGACAUUGAAAAGGAAGGUUAGUGGGAGCAGUUGUGCCAGCCCUGUUACUAGUCCAAGUUCAAAGAGGGACGCCCACGUCUGUGCUGUCUGCAGUGACUACGCAUCAGGAUAUCACUAUGGAGUCUGGUCCUGUGAAGGAUGUAAGGCCUUUUUUAAAAGAAGCAUUCAAGGACAUAAUGAUUAUAUUUGUCCAGCUACAAAUCAGUGUACAAUAGAUAAGAACCGGCGCAAAAGCUGCCAAGCCUGCCGACUUCGGAAGUGCUAUGAAGUUGGGAUGGUGAAGUGUGGCUCCCGGAGGGAACGGUGUGGGUACCGCAUAGUACGGAGGCAGAGAAGUCCCGAUGAGCAGCUGCACUGUCUGAACAAAGCCAAGAGAAACGGACAUGUGAGCCGAGUGAAGGAGCUACUGUGGAGCGCCCUGAGCCCGGAACAACUGGUGCUCACGCUCCUGGAGGCGGAGCCGCCCAAGGUGCUGGUGAGCCGCCCCAGCGCGCCCUUCACCGAGGCCUCCAUGAUGAUGUCCCUGACCAAGCUGGCCGACAAGGAACUGGUGCACAUGAUCGGCUGGGCCAAGAAAAUUCCGGGCUUUGUGGAACUCAGCCUGUACGACCAAGUGCGGCUCUUGGAAAACUGCUGGAUGGAGGUGCUAAUGGUGGGGCUGAUGUGGCGCUCCAUCGACCACCCUGGCAAGCUCAUCUUUGCUCCAGACCUUGUUCUGGACAGGGAUGAAGGGAAAUGCGUGGAAGGAAUUCUGGAAAUCUUUGACAUGCUCCUGGCAACGACUUCAAGGUUUCGUGAGUUAAAACUCCAACACAACGAGUAUCUCUGUGUCAAGGCCAUGAUCCUCCUGAACUCCAGUAUGUACCCUUUAGCUGCAGCAGCUCAGGAGGCCGAGAGCAGCCGGAAGCUGACUCACUUGCUGAAUGCUGUGACCGACGCUCUGGUCUGGGUGAUCGCCAAGAGCGGCAUCCCUUCCCAGCAGCAGUCCGUCCGCCUGGCUAACCUGCUGAUGCUCCUUUCUCACGUCAGGCACGCCAGCAACAAGGGCAUGGAACACCUGCUCAGCAUGAAGUGCAAAAACGUGGUCCCAGUCUACGACCUGCUGCUGGAGAUGCUGAAUGCCCACACGCUUCAUGGGUGCAAGUCCUUGGUCACGGAGUCUGAGUGCAGCCCAGCAGAGAAGAGUGAGAGCAAAGAGGGCUCUCAGAACCCGUCUCAGUGAAGACCAGCCCAGAGGUGAACAGGCUCAGAGGUAGCGGCUGCAGCCUGAGCUCCGGUGCGAUCGUGAGCCCCAUGGCGAUGGGCGGGCUUCGUCUUUCUGUGUGCUCCCUCCGCAGUCACGGUGGGUUCAGUCUGUUCCAUCCUUUCCCGACCUCCCUACUUCCCAGGAGUCGGGGCGAGACAGCCAGUUUUCCUUGUUACUAGGGCCGUGUUGGGAUGCAGUUUGUCUUGCUGGGCCUCAUAGGAUAUCAGUGUGGUCCCUUUUUUACUUUCUAUUUUUUCCCCACCCCUUUGGGGAAAACAUCUUGGAGGUUUUGGAAUGCACGGUGGGAAUCGGGCCUGGAAGGGUUGAGAGAACGUGGCACUUGUAGGAAGUAGACUCCUACUUCCUAGACUCCUACUUCCUACUAGUGCCUCAGUGUUACAGCCUCAGUGAGAUUCAAUACAACCUUUAUUGUGCGAUCUCACCUGCCUUUUAGGAUAGACCUUUGUAAGCUCUCUCUGGACCGCUUGAAUGCAGGGCUGCAAACCUCCUGCCUCACAGGCCUGGGAGGACUGAUGUCAGCACUGUUCUGCCGACGGACAGAGGGACUGUGACUAGGGAGCCAGUGCUCCAGCUAGGAUGGGAGCCAGGUUCUUCCCCAGACCUUGCUGCCCUCUUCGUUCCCUCCUGAUGUGCAUUCAGAGAGCCUGCUCAUGUGUGUGUGUGUGUGUGUGUGUGUGUGUGUGUGUGUGUGUGUGUGUGUGUGAUCAUGUUCAUGGAGGGCUGUGGAGAUUUAAAUCUCUCUGACCUUGGAGUUGCCCUUCCAUAAAAACUCUCUUGUCCCAAAGGGCCGGGUGUAUGUGCUGGGGAAAGGUGCUGUUUGCAGGAAUAGGGUUCUGUCCUGUGGGUAUGGGUGGCAGCCACGGUUUCCUGGGCAGCCACAGCCAUCCAGAGGCACGGCUGUGUGUGUGCCAGGCACCCUGUCCCAGGGAAGGGUGAACAGCUAGUGUGUCAGGUUUAGAGUCAAACUGUCCCGACUUGAACAAGACCUGGUUUGUGAACUUGACAUGAAGAAGAGAAUAAUUACUUACAGCAAGAGAAUUCUUUACACCCUCGGGCUCUUUUAAAAUAUUUUCUUAUCAGAAUAUUUAUAUGGUGGACUGGGCGAAACAGAAACAUCAGAAUAUUUAUAUGGUGGACUGGGCGAAAUGGAAACUUAGUAAAAUAUUAGUUUUUAUUCCAAGCAGAACAUAAAUAGGACAUGAUGAUAAGGCACCUCAAAUUACAAUUUUAACUUACUUUUUAAUAAUGGAAAUUUUCAGGAACAUAGUGAAUGCAUAAAAUGAGUUACAUCUAUGUUUUGAAAGUGAGCAAUUAAAUAAUCAUGUGUGAUUUUUGUGGUUUUAAAAAAUUACCUUGUGAUAUGAGAUUAAACACAUUUUCUUUUUGAAAAUAGGUUUACUGUGGCUAGCACGCUCUGUAUUUACUAAGUCAUUAGGAUAAUUCAAUGAUAUAAAGGUUGGUUUCUGCUAGUGAGACCUUGAAUACGUCUUAAUUUUGAUAUUGGUGCAAUUUUAUUAAAAGUUGAGCAGAACUGUUUCAGAAACACUGGGACAUACAUCUAGAGAACACACCAUUGUCUAUAUUCUGAGGUGGUCUGAAAUUAUUCUUAAUGACUCAGUGUUACAGCCUCAGUGAGAUUCAAUACAGAAAAUAAGCUUGAUUGUUUAGGGACCAGGGAACCAGUGUGAUCCGGGUCAAUUUUACUUCUUUCUGAGUAGCUUAGAAGCCCCAUGACAAAUAGAGGGGGAUGGAAGGCAAAGGAGAUAGCCUAGCCUUGAACAAUUCUUUGCCAAUGAAAUUCUCUUAAUUGUAUUUAUAAAAGAGAUAACAGGUUAAAAGCAAAGCAAAACAACAACAACAAACAGAAUGAGGUAAUGGAAUGAAGGUCUUUAAGUUGAUUAUUGAUGCCCAAGGUAGGCACCGGGCUGGACUCGUGUCUAAUCAAGCACCUUUCCAUGCCGCGCCUGUGCUGAUCCAGACUAGUGCAUGCUCUUAGGAAAACUCAUCAGUGCCCACGACUCCCUGUUCACAGAUAUUCCUGAUGCUUCUCGAGGCUGCGCCUUCCACUGCAUUUGGACGCAGCGCGUCAGGGGGAUGUACCAUCUUGGUAAUUUCUUCCUGGCUCAGGCCUCACUUGCGUGUGCUGGGGAAACAGGUUAUUUAGUCCAACCUGAGAAGCCUACUUGGUACUGGGCCUGGGCCAAGUAGGCUGUUGAGAUAGCAUGGUCUAUAGUUUAAAGUUUUUUGUUUGUUUUUGUUUUAAUAUUCAAGGGCAUUUUCCCACUUUCAGAUGGAGUGUUUUGAGUCUCUGUGCCCAUCCGCUCCAAAAAUAUCCUCUAAGACAUUUCUAAGAACCACCAGUGUGCAAGAUCAGGAUACCAUUUUUCCAUGUUUUGGGGAAACUCGUCAAUGUCCAUUUUAAAGAUUUCAUUUUAAUAGCACUUCCUUUUUAAAUGUCUUUUUGCAGGGUAUCCAUCCCCCCAAAUGGUCCAUGGACAACUUAAAAUUCUCCCAUAGCUAUGCAAGGGUUUCAUUGUUUUCAAGUUCAGCCUUUAAAAGGAAUUAACUAGGGCAGGGGUGGGGAACGUCCUGCCCGCGGGCCAUAUAAGACCCGUGAAAGCAUUUGUCUGGCCCUGCCAAGGCAUGAGGGGUGAGUUAAUUAAAUGUUUGACCAAAUAUAGCAGGCUAAUUUUUAAGUUGAUAAUUUUGUGUGGCCUGAGAAUGAUGAUAUAAAUAUCCAAAUGGCCUUUGGCAGAAAAAAGGUUCCCGAUCCCUGAACUAGGGGGAGUAGGAGCUGACAACUAUCAACAGGAACUGAGUAUUGAACAACAAAAACCCACCCAACUACACUUUUUUAAAAAUCUUCACCUGAGGAUAUUUUCCCCAUUGAUUUCUAGAGAGAGUGGAAGGUGGGGGGGGGGGGGGGGAGGGAGGGUGGAGGUGGGAAGGAGGAAGGAUGGGUAGAGAGAGAGGAACAUCCACAUGAGAGAGACAUAUCAAUUGGUUGCUUCCCACAUGUCCUUUGGUUCUCGAGCUAAUGCUCUAACCUGCUAGGGCCCAACUACACCUUAAUGUGUGUUGGGACAGUGAUCCACUGUUUGACAUUUAAAUCAUCAUUUAAUAUGAGAAACUUAUUUUGUGGGAAUGCGUGAGAUUUGGGCUUAUUUCCAAACAAGAAGGUUUAAUAUGGAGUCAUACAGACAGAUUUCAAUUAUAUAACUACCAUGGACUAUUCUCCAUGCACUAUUCUCCUAGCACAGUGUUCACUCAGGUUCCUCGGAGAGCUGGCAGUGCCUGAGGGGGACUGUGUGGGCACCCAGAGCUGUGCUGUGUUUUCACAUGUUGUUCUAACUGCACUCCCUCCCCCCUCACCACACCCCCUCGGUCUGGCCUGUCACAUGCUUGCUGUCCACCAGGACUCCCUACAAAGGAUUCAACCCUAAAACAAUUUUGAAGAGAUUUUUCCUGACACAUUGAAGUGGGAACAGGAUUAUCGUUUGUCAGCCUAAUAAGAGCAGGUCUGGAGACUAACUGUAUAAAAACAAACUCAUAGUCGAAAGCUCUGCAGUGAGCCCCCCUUUAUUUGGAUUACUUCCCCUGCUAACUCAGCUGGAAGGACAAUUAUUUCAGAUGUCAGUGAAAAACAAUCAGUUUCUAAUUGUUGGCAGAGCUGUAUUAUAUGUUCAGAGAUAUAAGCCAUUUUCUAGCAUGUGACAAUCAAGUUUGGUUGUAUUUAAAUUGGCUGAGGGACUUGCAUAAGUUGACACCUCUUCAAGGUGAACCUUCCAUUUCUAGGUCUGUUUUGAAACCAACCAUUUUUUAAAACUAAGAUUUGACACAUUUCUUUAAGCAUUAAAAACCUUUUAAAAACAGUAAAGGUUAUGUGAAGGGAAUUGUAAAAAUACAUCAUUUAGUACCUAAAAAUAUUUGAGCAACACUUACUAUAUGUGCCAGACAUAGUUCUCAGUGCCUCACCCAUCCAGUUAAUCCUCACAGCAAUGGCUGUUGUCCUCUCUUUUUGGCUGUGGAAGCCAGAGAGGAUAAGCAGACUUGCUCAAGGUCACUCAGGGAAUAAGUGACAGAACUGAAUGCGGGCCAUGCAGUUUAACUAGUUAAAAGCAGCCUGACAAGCAUGGCUGCUCUGGCUUAAGUGGGGCCUGCUUGUGGUGGGGCCGGCCCCAAUUUCUGGAACACCCUUAUAGAUAACUAGUUCCCUCCCAGCUUUUACACACGUGUAAAUUAAAGGCCAGAGGGGUAAACUGACCUGCCCAAGGUCAAUAAGCCUACAUCGGGCAACGCUUAGGCCAGAUUUUGUCUUCUGGUUAGCAUGGUCCCUGCUGCAGGACUUGCUCUGAAGAGCCUCAGUGCGUAAGGGAGAGACAGCUAAGUUACAAUUGCCUACCUUCUCAGCUUAGAUGGGGUUCACAUGAACUUUUACAGAAUAGCAUCCUUUUUUUUUUCUUUUUUUUUAAAAUACAUUAUUAUUGAUUUCAGAGAGGAAGGGAGAGGGAGAGAGAGAAACAUCAAUGAUGAGAAUCAUUGAUUGCCUGCCUCCUGCACGCCCCCACUGGGGAUCAAGCCCGCAACCCAGGCAUGUGCCCUGACUGGGAAUCGAACCCGAGACCCUUCAGUCCGCAGGCCGACACUCUAUCCACUGAGCCAAACCGGCUAGGGCCAGAAUAGCAUCCUUGACAGGUUGAAAAAAUAAGAUGCAUUUUGUUAUUCCAGUCCUCCCAUCCUGGGCUCAUCAGCUAGUAGGUAGUACUGCCCUCACCUCCUCUUACCUGUUACUGCUUUCCCCAGGUGCAGUUUCUUGGAAGUUUACCAGUUUACUCGUAAAAUUCUCACAUCUUUUAGGCACUGCUGCUUCCCUGCGGAGUUCGGUUUCCUAUAGUGUGAAACACAUGCUUUUUCUUUGUAGCUCUCAAAGUUGCUGGAAUUUGGGCUGUAGUGGCAGCUCUAAAGAUACGCAUUCUUUGCGAUAUGUGAUCUUAUAACCCUUUUUCUUGCUUUGGAGUCGAGGACCCUAUUCAUUUGUGGGCCAGUCACUGUUACAUGAUGUGGGUUUCCUUGAUGGGCCAAGGCUUGCGAUGCCGGCCCAGAACAGCGCCCGUCACCUGCACGGCCUCUGCGGCUGCAGGUGUUCUCUGCGCGGUGUCCACCUGCUGCGGCUCUCGGUCCUGUCACUCUACUCAGUGGCCCUGUGUACCUGAGACUGUUUGCUGCCUAUCGUUUGUCACUUUUUCCAAAUGAAUGCUUUGUACCAUUAGCAGGCUUUUAAAUUUGGGCCUUUUUACAAAUGCUUGCUGUUGUGUGAAAGGAGAUUUUGAGAUCUGCUUUCCGUUCCUCCAGGUACUGCCCUUUCUUUGCUGUGUCCCUUUACUGUCUAUGGCAUCGUUGCAGGAAGAAGUUUAAUGUCACCUAAGCUAAAUAAAGUGUUUUCCAUAA